AUGUCUUCCACCUACAAGACGGUCGUCCUGGCCAAACGUCCCAAAGCCGACAUCAUCCCAGGAGAAACAUUCAAGCUAAAGACCGACAACCCAAAACCCACCGCCAAUGACCUGAAAGAUGGCCAGGUAUUAUUUCAGUCAAACUACCUGAGUAUCGAUCCCGCCAUGCGUGGCUGGCUCAACGACACCAGGUCCUAUGUUCCUCCAGUCCAGAUUGGCGAGGUUAUGCGUGGUCACGUCAUUGGAACCAUCAUUGCCAGCAAAGACCCCAAGUUCCCUGUUGGAUCUCAUGCUACUGCCAUGGCCGGUUGGUCAGAGUUUGCCGUCAUCACCACCAGUGACAAGACCCAGAGCUUGGAAAAGAUCCAGGUCCCCAAGGGUGGACAACUCACAGAUGGACUCGCUGUUCUUGGCAUCACCGGCCUCACCGCUUACUUUGGUAUUCUCGACGUCGGCAAGGUCAAGGCUGGUGACUUUGUCGUCGUCUCCGGCGCCGCUGGAGCAACAGGAAGUGUUGUUGGGCAAAUUGCCAAGCUCAAGGGAGCCACAGUGCUUGGUCUGGCGGGAAGUGAUGACAAGGUUCGAUGGUUGACUGAGGAGCUGGGCUUUGACAGUGCUUUGAAUUACAAGGAUCCCGACUUUUUCAAAAAGUUUCGGGCGGCUACCAAGAAUUUGAUUGAUGUUUUCUUCGACAAUGUGGGUGGUGACAUUCUCGACCUUGCUCUCUCCCGUGCAAAACCUCAUGCUCGGUUUGUCAUGUGUGGCGGUAUCAGCCAAUACAACUCGGCCGUGCAGAAAGGGCCAAAGAACUAUCUCAUGAUUGUCUCGAUGCGUAUCAGAAUGGAAGGCUUCAUCGUCUUUGACUACGCCAAAGAAUAUCCCCGAGCCCUACGAGAUCUCAGCCAAUGGUUAUCAGAGGGCAAGAUCAAGCGCAAGGAGACAAUUGUCAAAGGCGGCUUGGACCAGGCACAAAAAGCAUUGCAAGAUUUGUACAAGGGCAUCAACACAGGGAAAUUGUUGGUCGAGGUCAAGCCGGUGGACCAGAAGCUCUCGGCCUCAUUGUGA